CUCUCUCUCUCUCUCUCUCUGUGCGUUUGUUGUUCUUUCUGUCAGGUGUCUGGCUUCUUUAUAGUUAAACCUCCCUCUCUCCCUCCCUCUCUCUCUCGAGCUGCUAAAAACUGAAGAGAAACAAGCUGGCUAUAGCAAUGCAGACAAGAACAGUAGAAGUGAAGAAUGUAUCAGAUCUUGCUAGUGAGAGAGAAGUUCACGAGUUCUUCUCCUUCUCUGGCGAAAUCGAAAACAUUCACAUCCAACGUGACAAUGGGCAAUCAAAGACUGCAUUUGUUACCUUCAAAGAUCCCAAAGCACUAGAAAUUGCCUUGUUGUUAUCGGGCGCAACUAUAGUUGACCAGAUAGUGGCUAUAACUCCUGUGGAAAAUUAUGUGCCAAAUCGUGAGCUACAGGAAGUAAGGAAUAUGGACAUCGCUAUACUUGUAGUUCCUUCUGAAGACUUCCCAUCAAAUGUUGAGCAGGGGAAAACUAGCCCUUCAGGUAGCGGAAAAGUCUAUGUCAGUAGAGCACAAGAAGUUGUCACAAGUAUGCUAGCAAAAGGUUCAGCUAUUGGCCAAGAUGCAAUGAAUAAGGCCAAGGCAUUCGAUGAGAAACAUCGCCUGAGUGCCAAUGCAUCUGAGAAGGUAAUUUCAUUUGAUCGAAGAGUUGGGUUAACAGAGAAAUUGACUGUUGGAAUUUCGGUAGUUAACGAGAAAGUGAAGUCUGUUGACCAAAGGCUUCAUGUAUCGGAUAAAACAAUGGCAGCGAUAUUUGCAGCUGAAAGGAAGAUAAAUGACACAGGAUCAGCUGUAAAAUCAAGCAGGUAUGUGAGUGCUGGGACAGCAUGGCUAAAUGGUGCCUUUAGUAAGGUGGCGAAGGCUGGGCAGGUUGCUGGUACAAAAACAAGAGCAAAGUUCAGUUUGGCUGUUUCGAAUUUGACUGCUAAGGAAUCUCCGAUCGCUGUAUGAGACAGAAAUUCAGUGUCAGCUGAAAGUUGCUUCAUCAAACGUUUGCUGCAUGCAUUUAACUGCUAUGGUGCUCCAAUCAUCAAAUUUGGAGAACAGGAUUUAUUGAAUUUGGAGUUGCUGGCUUGGUGAAGAACGAGAGUAAUUUGUGCAGUGUUCCCUUUAUGCAUUCUUCUAUGGUUUGAUUCAUGUGUGUCGAUUCAAGUCACUACUUGCAUAUUUUUCAAUAUUCUUUGGUUCCUAGGGUAUUAUUAUAGCCUAUGGCUUCCUUGUAAUUUUGUAGUUUGCAACAUUGUUUCCAAGUCAAUGAAAAUUCACCAAGAGGCUACCACUACCUGUUGCCAAUUUAUGGUUUCUAUUUC